GGGGUGUCCCUGAAGGUGACAUUCGAGGAGGUGGCCGUGUACUUCUCUCCUGAGGAGUGGGCAGAGCUGCAGUCCUGGCAGCGCACGCUGUAUCGACAAGUCAUGGCUGACAACUAUGACCUGGUGGCCAGCCUGG